AUGAGGAACGAGACCUUAACCAACUUCUCUAUGGAUCCGACCGAAGUUCCAAACUUCCACCUACCUGAGCAAGACUUGAUUCUCUUCAUUUUUCUCUCUCUGAUAUUUCAGUCGCACCCGGGGACGAACGUGUCGGUGAUCGACCUGUUCGAUCGCACCGCCAGUCUGGAGCCGCUGUGGAAGCAGGUGGAGGGAUUCAAGGAGGCCAUCUAUCCCAUCAUGCAGAACGCCGCCGAGGGUGUUCACCUGCUCUGCUACUCUCAGGGAGGACUGAUCUGUAGAGGAAUCCUCUCCACGCUUAAAGAUCACAACGUUCACUCCUUCAUCUCCCUCUCUUCACCUCAGGCUGGACAGUAUGGAGAUACAGACUAUCUAAAGUACUUCUUCCCUCAGUUUGUCAAGUCCAACCUCUAUCACUUCUGCUACACCACCCUGGGGCAGAUGUUCUCCAUCUGCAACUACUGGAACGAUCCUCAUCACAGAGACAUGUACCUGAACACCAGUGAUUAUCUGGCCCUGCUGAACAGUGAGCGACCACACCCUGAAUCUGCAGCAUGGAAACAGAACUUCCUGCAGAUCAGAAAGCUGGUCCUGAUCGGCGGACCGGACGACGGGGUCAUCACGCCGUGGCAGUCCAGUCAGUUCGGAUUCUACGACGACAACGAGACGGUGGUGGAGAUAAAGAACCAGGACGUGUUUUUGCGGGACGCGUUCGGACUGAAGACUCUGUACGCCAGAGGAGAUCUGGAGCUCUGCACCGUGGCCGGCGUCGAACACAUCUACUGGCAUUCCAACGAAACGGUUUACAAGAGCUGCAUCGACAAGUGGCUCACAUAAACACACACACACACACACACACACACACACACACACUGAUACCGAGAGAGGAUUAUUUUUACAGCCUGGAUUAACACGACUGACUUUUUUAAUCAGAUAUGAUGAGAUCGGAUCUCUUUUAAACUGUUUUUAACGGAUUUAAAGCUGUACAUACUGCACACUCACAAGCACACGCAAUGCAAAUCUGAUCAGUGCCUCAUACGGACGUCUGUCCAAUCAUACGACGGUCAGUGGAAUUUUAAAACGGGGGCGGGAUCGGGGUGUGGUUUUAACCCGGGGUGGACGAUAUGGCUAAAAUAUCAUAUGAUAUCAAUACAAUACUGUUAGUACUUUAUAUACCGAGCCAAAUCUCGGAGUCUGGGGGGCUGUCUGAAGCCCUGCCACAGUGUUUUCGAGUAAACUGGACCCACUGCGACCCGGACCAGGAUAAAACAGCUGAUAAAAAUAAAACAUAAAUUAUUAUUGUUAUUAUUAUUAUUAGAAGUCCCAAGUAUCAAUUCCUAGUGAUCAUGAUUCCUGGUUUCUCCAGAGUAUCCCAUUUACUGUUUGGGUCUUCGGGCAUCUGUUUGCUGCCCGUCCUCUUCCUCUUUUACCUUCAACUCUUCUUUCGAUAAUAUGAUUGUCUUUUUAUUAGGGCUGUCGAAGUUAACGCGAUAAUAACGCAUUAACGCGAUUUCAAUUUAACGCGAUUAAAAAUAAUAGUGCCGUUAACGCAAAUUCUAGUUAAUGUUGAGACUUGACUGGUAGAACUACAACGCUCGGUUACAUUAUGUUAACAAACCGCAAAUGAAAAACGGUGGCAAGUCCGACAUUAAAAAACAUAAUGUAACCGAGCGUUGUGUAGUGAUGCACUUAUAAAGAAAUAAAUACACGCUGUAUUCACAAGUUGUCGGGAGCAGAACACUUUUAUUAACUUAUUCUGUUAAGGUACCAAAUACCGGAAAGCUGAGUCAAGCACGUUAGUCCAUGCACUAUGGAAGCCCCAAAGGGUCAAAACACACUCACUUCGUGUAGAAACGGCCAUCAAACCAUUGUCACAAUACAACCACAGAAAAGUCUGUUACAAUAACUACGCCUUAUCCCACCUAAAGCACCGCUGAUCUACAGUGUUUGCUGAUGGAGAAAUUCUAAACUACAAUCUGACAUUUACUGCCUAGUAUGUGAGUGAAUAAAACUCCCUUACAGUUUUCUCUUGUCCCAGCAGUUUUUA